AUGAAACGAAGCCACAACUACAGCUCAUCCGACAGCGACCUGGACGAUAAUAUUGAGGUGGAAAAAGACAGUGGUGAUGAAAAUGGCGUACUUGAUUCCCACGGAUCGAUGUCACCCGCCGCCACCACGCAGGUUCAGGCCAGAAAAAGGCGCAGAGGGAUUAUUGAGAAAAGGAGGCGUGACCGGAUCAAUAAUAGUCUGUCAGAGCUGAGGAGAUUGGUACCAAGUGCUUUUGAGAAACAGGGAUCAGCAAAGUUGGAAAAAGCAGAGAUUUUGCAAAUGACAGUGGACCACCUGAAGAUGCUUCAUGCGUCGGGAGGGAAAGGAUUCUUUGAAGCUCAUGCUCUUGCUAAGGAUUACCGCAGCCUGGGCUUCAGAGAGUGCCUGGCAGAGACGGCCCGCUACCUGAGCAUCGUGGAGGACCGGGACACCACAGACUCCCUGCGCGUUCGCUUAGUGUCCCACCUCAGCAACUACGCCUCUCAGAGGGAGGUGCACACUGGACUGGAACACUUAGCCUGGGGUUCAGCUUAUGGGACCACCCCUGCCCAUCUCCCCCACCAUCUCCUCCUACAGCACCCUCAGGGCAGGACACCUGUUAGCAGAAACAACAGCAGCCCACCCUCCUCCUCCUCCUCCUCCAGCUCUUCUUCAUGUUCCUCCUCAUCCACCGACUCAUCUGGGACAUCCAGACUCAGUGUCCUGACCCCCACGGAGUCCCUCAGGGUGCCUCCCAAUGGCUCGCUACCCCUCACUCUGCCCGUGCCGACAUCCAAGCUAUCGCCGCCGCUCCUCUCGUCUCUCUCCUCGCUUUCGGCCUUCCCCCUCUCCUUCGGCGCCUUCCCUCUCAUCUCCCCCGCAGCCGUCGGCGUCACGAGUCCCUCCUCCACCAUGGUGAAGCCUUACAGGCCUUGGGGCAUGGAGAUCGGCGCCUUCUGA